AAUUCAACGUUCAUUGUAUUUGGUACGAUAUUGGUUCGGUACGACACGAUUAGAUACAAGGACAGCAUUUAGUGUCAUUCAACCUCAGAAAAUUUGUAAACAAGAAUGAUGAUGGUGAUGAAGUGACGUGGAAGAGAGAACAUAAAACAAACAUAAUGUCCGACUCCGAGGAAGAUUUUGCUAGUGCAGAUGAAGGGGAAAUUGUAACAAGCUCAUCUGGCAUUGAUAACAUAGCCUCAAAGGAGCCUCACAAAGUUGUAGAAGGUAGUAAAGGGGAUGGAAAGCCAGACAAGGAUGCUGUUACAAGUAGUAAAUCAUCUGCACAAAAUACAGCUAAACAAAGUGCAAAAGACAGGAAGGAAUCUGAGAAGAGUUCAAAGGCUGUAGGUGGGGAAGGUGAAAAGAAAGGAAAAAACACUGAUGCUGGGCAAAAGAACCAGGGUGGUGGUGGUGGUAAGAAAGGAAAAAGGAAAGGCAAGAAAGGUAAAGCAAGUCAGGUAGAGAGUAUACCCAGCAGUAAAGAAGCAGUUGAUAUCACUGAAGACAAUAUUGAAAAAAGUGCUAUGAAAGAAACAAAUGAAACAGAGGUGGAAAGUGUUCCUUCUGAAAUCACAGAAAAUAAAUCUUUAACUUCCGAUAAAAGUGCUGAAAAGAAGGAGACAGUAGAAACAGAGAGUGUAAAUUCUGAUAAAUUAAGACCAGAAGAUAAUGUCAAUGCAUCUGAAAUAGACAAAAAUGAAAAAGACAAAAAUGAAAUUAAAGCUUCCUCAUUAGAUAAAGUUAUUGAUCCAACAAGUUCAUCAAGUACAGAGCCGAAGCCAGAAAAUACAUCAGAAUCAUCUAGCAGCCUUUCUGUAGCAGAUAAAGCAGAUUUGAUAAAGUCUCCUUCAUCACAAAGUAUAACAAGAUUGGAUCCAGAUCAUACUGAAAAACAGGAGGCAGUGCUUGAUAAACUUGCUGGGAAUGCUAAACAAACUAAGAGUAGUUGGAGUUGGGGAUGGGGAUCUUCAUUACUGGAGGUAGCAUCAAGUUCAGUAUCAACAUUUACACAUCAAGUUGGUGAAGGUUUACAUACAAUGAUGGAAACUGUUGAAUCCACUUUAAAUGUUCCUAAUCCAGAAGAGCUUGCCCAGAAAGUAGAGAAAGAAAGGGAAGAGGACUUGCAGGAAACACAGAAAUCUGCAGAAGAUGGGGAACCAGCUGAAGCUGAAGAUAAUAGUAGAAAUGAGGGCAAGUCAGAGAACCAGGCCAAGAAAACACCAGAAAGCCCUGAAAUAACACAGUCUGCUGAAGGUGGAAAAACAGAAGAUAACCAGACUGCUAAAAAAGAAAAAACAGAAGAUAACCAGUCAAGUGAUAGCUGGUUUUCGGCAUGGGGAGUUUCAAAUAUUUCAAAAAUGGUGGAAAAUACAGGCAAGAGUUUAGUGACAGGCAGUCUGGACGUUCUAGAAACACUUGGGAAGAAAACAUUUGAUGUCAUAAAUGAGCAAGAUCCUGGUUUAAAGAAGGCACGAGGUUUUCUCCGUGACAGGGGUAACAAGCCGAACUUGUCAGCAAUAUUACGAGAUGCAAAAGAGCAACAUGAGGCUGAGGCUGAAUAUCAGAGGGAAUCCGAGGAAGCUCGUAAAGCUCACUUUGGCUCGUUGUUUGAUGAUUUCCAUGGACUUGCCCAUUUAGAAGCACUUGAGAUGUUGUCAAAUCAAAGUGAAAAGCGGGUCAAUGUCCACCUUAAUGCAAUGUCAUCAGAGGCUUUGGCAGAGUUGAAACCUGUCUUACUACAGAUAAAACAUAUGUUUGAAACGGACGAGUCAGAAGAGAGUGACGCAGAGCAUGAUUUUACGCCCCUAGUUAAAGAUUUACUUCAGGAGUUGAAUCUUGGAACGACUCCUGAGAAAUUGCUACAGACUUGUGACAGUAUUGGAGUAAAAUUAACAGAAUGUUGUGAUGCUGAAGCUACAAAAGAUAUCAAGGAGAUACAUAGACUUGCUAUCAGUAGUUUAGCAGAGAUGACGUCAAAAUGUAUAGAACAUUUUCACAAGACUGGUGAACUGAUACUCAUAAAGAAAUCUCCAGAUGUUAAUUUCAUUGAUUGUAGUAAAACUUUGUUAAGGUUGUCACAGGUGAUGACUGCUGAGAUUGGGAUGAUAUCAACUAAAUAUUCAGAAUGCCUCAACAAGCAGGAGAUCAGUGAUGAAAGAGAGUUGAACCAGUUUGUCACAAAUAUUUAUUUAGAGGCCAGCAACAGCAGUUCAUACAUCCAAGAUGGUUUCCAGCUCUUACUUCCUGUUCUCCAACAAGCUGCUAUAGAAACUAGCCGGGAAACAGACAGCUGAUACCAGAUUUUAGCAGUGACAGGAACUAAUUUACCUUAAAGCCAGUGACCAUAAUGUUGUGUCAGAUAUAAAGUGUUUGAAAUUAGUCUGCAAUAAUAUUUAUAUAUAUGUACAUGUAUUCUAUUUUGGUAAUAGAUCAUAGUAUAUAUGUUGA